AUGAAGCUCGCUGUACUCGCAUUUGCGGCCCUUGCGUCGAUUGUGGCUGCACAGGACCAGUAUUACAACGUCUCUUCCCCCACUUCCAACCUCAGCACCGCCCUCGGCGCCUGUCACCAAGGCGCCGCGAUCGAAGGCCUCUGCCUCACGGGCGAGAAAGUGACCGACCCUGCCUCUCUCUACACAACCUUCUACCACAACGUCAGCGCGAGCACAAACGUCAGCGACUUCGACACCGUCGGCCUCCUAGGCUACAACCUCUGGUCCGGCGGCAAUAUCAUCGCUCCCUCCGCGAUGCAGCUGUCCAUCUCGCCGACUUCAAAUGUCGCUAACGCUAUCUUCCUUCCGGGAUGGUAUGCCCCUUCCAUCGUGCUUUUUGAAGCGUCGGGAAGCAUGUACAUCAAUGUUUACCAGAACGACCUCGUCGAUCCGAUUACGUACUUUGAGCCGCCGCUGCGCGCGAAGAAUUGGUACAUUUGUGCGACAAAGUGGGCGUAUUCUUAUGAGACGCUUAUUUGGAGAGUUGGUUUGGUUGGCCAGCCGCAGAAUCCAGCUUGUCAAUGGGUGGAUAUUGUGAGGGUGUUUGUCUAG